GGGGAGAAAAAGGAAACAACCAAUUGAUGAUAGCACAACUACGACGAUUGCGUCCACCUCAAAAGCGGCUGCCUCAACACCAACAAGAGCUAAUGGAAAUUCAACUACGAGUGCAGCGAUCAAUAAUCCUCAGAAGAAACCAAAAAAGAAUAAAAUCACUGUCGAUGUUAAUGACGACUUAAAGGUAAAAUUAUUAGAUGACUGGGAAUGGAUCACUUCUCAAUAUCAGCUUUUACCUUUACCAAAGCCCAAGACUGUUGAGAAUAUCCUAGAAGAUUACCAUAAUCAUAAAAUCGAAGAGAAUAAAAAAACUAAAGAAACCAACGGAGUUCGUCAUCGUGGUCGGGGCCGUCCCGCCAAAAAUCCUCAGGAAGAAAUUUUACGUGAAAAUUUAGCCAAUGUAAAAUCAUUAUUCAAUGAGGUAUUAGGUACUCAGCUCUUAUACCGAGCUGAAAGACAGCAAUACUUUGAUUUCAGAGCGGCAAACAGUGGUGCAGACUGUUCAGCUUAUUAUGGUGCCGAACAUCUAAUGAGAUUAUUGGUCAUACUUCCACGUAUUGUUGAGACAACGGAUAUGCGUGAGGUCAAGGCAGAACAAUUACGAGAUACGUGUCAAGAGUUAAUCAGCUUCUUGGGGGAUCGGCCUGACGUGUACUUCUCAGAAAUAUACGACAAUGCACCACCGGUUUAUAUUCGACUUUCGGAGAACUUUUAA